AUGAAGGUAGUUGCUCUGGUCAGCGGCGGCAAGGAUAGCUGCUAUGCCAUGAUGAAGUGCAUCCAGUAUGGUCACGAGAUUGUGGCGUUGGCAAACUUGAUGCCGGCCGAUAUAACAGUCGACGAGUUGGAUAGCUACAUGUAUCAAACUGUUGGUCACCAGAUCAUAGUCAGUUAUGCUGAAUGCAUGGGUGUGCCUUUGUUUAGAAGGCAAAUAAAGGGAACUACCAGGCAAGUUUUACUGACUACUAUGCAUCAAGAGCUGAACUACAAGAUGACUCAUGGCGAUGAGGUUGAAGAUAUGUUUGUUUUGUUGAAAGAGGUUAAGAGGCAGAUCCCUAGUGUUACUGCUGUGUCUUCUGGUGCAAUUGCAUCAGAUUACCAGAGGCUACGAGUAGAAAGUAUUUGUUCAAGGUUAGGGCUCGUUUCUCUAGCAUAUUUAUGGAAACAGGAUCAGUCGGUGCUCCUUGAUGAAAUGAUAGCGAAUGAGAUAGCGGCUAUUACUGUGAAGGUGGCAGCCAUGGGGUUGGAUCCUGGAAAGCAUUUGGGUAAGGAAAUAUCAUUUCUGAAGCCCCAUCUCCAUAAGUUGAAAGACCUGUAUGGUAUUAAUGUCUGUGGUGAAGGGGGCGAAUAUGAGACACUGACACUUGACUGCCCACUCUUCACAAAUGCCAGAAUUGUACUAGACGAAUCUCAAAUUUUCUUAGCCUCUCCAGACUCGAUUGCUCCAGUGGGGAUUCUCCACCCCUCGAAGUAUCAUUUGGAGAGGAAGGGAGAGCCCGUCUUUAUGCACGGUAGUGAUAAAACUCUUGAGUUCCCUCAGAAAGAAGUAGGUUCUGUAUUUGAGGUGCAGGGAGACUGCUCAGAAGAAAGUGAGAACACUUGCCAAGCUGUUGCUUGCAGCACUGAUUCCAUUGCACAUUCAGACAAUCGGCUUUGCAUCUCCAGAACUAGGAAGGAAAACACCUUUUCAAUUUCAUGUUGGUUGCAAGAUUCAUCAAAAACUUCUGCAGGUCUGAAGGAAGAUCUUAGCAUUAUUCUUAAGCACAUUGAAUCUGAGCUGGCAGUAUAUGGGUUUGGCUGGGGGCAUGUCCUAUACAUCCAUCUCUAUAUUGCUGAUAUGAAUGAAUUUGCUAUUGCAAAUGAGACAUAUGUGGCAUUUAUUACACAGGAGAAGUGUCCCUUUGGGGUUCCAUCCCGCAGCACGAUAGAACUGCCUUUGUUGCAUGUUGACUUGGGGAGAGCCUAUGUUGAAGUUCUAGUGGCAAAUGAUAGAAGCAAAAAUGUUUUACAUGUUCAAAGUAUUUCCUCCUGGGCACCAAGUUGCAUCGGGCCGUAUAGCCAGGCAACUUUGCACAAGGAGAUACUCUAUAUGGCUGGGCAGCUGGGGCUUGACCCUCCCACUAUGACUCUUAGCUGUGGCGGUGCUAUUGCUGAGCUGGAACAAGCACUAAAAAACAGUGAAGCAGUGGCAAAAUGCUUCAAGUGUUCCUUAUCCACCUCCGCCAUUUCAUUUAUUGUCUACUGUUCGAGUCAUGUUCCAACAUCAGAGCGGCAAGCAAUCGCAGAUAAACAAAAAUCUUUCUCUCGAGAACUGAGACUUUCUCAAAUAGAUGGAGGGAGCAAGUGCAAAGUUCUGGAGCCUACAGUUUUGUAUGUUCUUGUGCCUGAUCUUCCAAAGAGAUCAUUUGUAGAAGUAAAGCCCACACUUUUUGUCCCCGAAGAAGACAUUGAAAGCCAGGAGGUCGCUGAUGGUAAAAGCUUAUCUCCCAGCAUAGCCCCCAAGAGCUGGGGAUUUGAGCGAGCAGACUGGCAAAAUACUUGCAUUCAGAAAUGUGUCAUAAGUGGAAAGAUAUGUGCAGUUCUGUUAUCUAUAACAACAGAUAUCGCGGCCAAGAUAGUUUCCAAGACUCUUGAAACAAACGAUCGUCAUCAAGUUCCUCCGAUGAACUUUCAUCUGAAGAGGGUUUUGCAGUUCUGUAUCUAUCUGCUAGACGAAGUCGUUACUGAGAAUAAUUUUUGCUGGCAAGACAUAAUGAGCUUGAGAGUGUACUUACCAACCGGGCUCGGCUUGAAAGGAGAGGCUGUGUCCCUCAUGUUCAAAGACGUCCUAGCUGAGACAGGCUACACGGCUGAGCUCUUGUGCAAUGUUGUUCCGGUGCUGGGUGUAGGCACUUCGGCAGCAGCCAUGGAUGAUUUGCUCGUUUGUGAAUUAUUUGCUCGGCAAUCGUGAGUGCUUCCAUUAUUAUUAUUCAUGUUAUUGUUACGGUAGAUUCUAACAUGAUUGGACAUAGUUAAUGGAAUUGGAUAAACGUUUGUUGUUCAUUGUCCAGAUUGAUAUUAGUACUCUUACUGUUUCUCUAUUUUCUACUGUUAAAUUAUUAUUAAUUAAUCUCGAUUACCU